AUGGCUGAAGAACCAGUGAUUCCAAGUUCUUUUAAUGUUUCUGAUGUGUAUGAUCCAAUUGAUGAGACUGAGAAGAGAUGCGAGAAGUUAGACAUACCAGCUCACUUGGCUGCUUUCUUCAGAAAAACAGAGUUGCAAAGAAACUUUCAACAGAUAAUUCAAGACCAAAGUUUGUUGGAAAAAGUAGCUGCCAACUAUGUAAUUGUUAAGAAAAUCCUUAGUUUCUUGCCAUGGCAGGACAAGAUAAUGUGUAAGAAUGUUUGCUCAAUGUGGAGGUCAGCUGUGAACACUUUGCAAAAGGAACAGAUUGGUCCUGCUGACUUUGCUAUAAGCUUGAGACUGUGUCACAUUAAGAAUGGACUGCAGUUGGUACAGUCUGAUGUCUUCUACACUGAACCCCUGAUGGUGUUAGUAUUUGGCAAUAUGGGAGGUUUUGGAGUUACCUACAAAUGUGAGACACUACUCACUUGCCCCUGUGAUCCACCUUGUGAAAAGAGUCAUCACCUAAUAGAUUUGGUGGACAAUGUAGUGGCAGCUCCGAAGAAAUGCAUGCUGGCAGUGAAAGUCUGUGACAUAUCAUAUAAACCUCUGAAACCUUCAAAAACCAAUCACUUGACAGUUGGGAGAAAGUUAUGUAGGGUCAGUGGCUUCAUUGUAGGAAUGUAUGUACCACUUAUACCAAAUGUGAACUUCCAAAUCAUAAACAUAAAGUGCAUCCGUGAUAUCAAGACGGUCUUUAUGAAGACCGUAGACAAACUGGCAGAGACAGACUAUAUUAAGGGUGCACUGGUUUUUGUCAAUGGAAGUUUUAUCCUGCAUUCAGUGGAUGAUAUAGUGUUUUUAAAUUAUUUGAAAGAAGUCCAGCCCAAUGUACCAUAUGCCUUAGGAGGGUGCAUAGUGGAAGACACAGUGUCUGACAAGGAUGAUAUGAACAUAAUGAUAGAAGGAGUUAAUACCGGUAAAGAUCUAGUCACCGAGAACAUUGUAUCUAUUGGAUUAUUCUCAGUGCCCAAAAGCUUUAUUGAUGCUCCACCAGAAAAUGGCUGUCAUUUUGACAUGUUCUCGCUAAUAUUAGAAUCUUCUGACUGGUCCAAAGCUAAGAUACAGAGUGCUAUUAAUGAGUUUGCGAAGAAAAUACCUCAUUUUGAACACAGUGUGGUUGUCAAGAUGUCAUGUGUGGGUCGUGACAAUAAGCAUGAUUAUGAGCAAGAAUUCUUCCGGGCAGCAUUCCCAAAUACACGUCUGGCUGGUUGCUAUGGAAAUGGAGAAUUAGGUAUCAAUCACCCAGAGCGCUUAAAACCCGAGGGCUUCACUAGUGUUAAACGUCACCGAGCUGAUCCCGGUCCUGCAUUUGGUAUUAUGUAUUCUUAUUCUACAAUUUUUGUUUACAUUGGUUGGGGUAACAUAGUAACACCUGCUCAGUCUACCUAAGAUCAAAUUCUAAUUGCUCUGAUUUUCAAGAUUAAUCAUUACAUCACAUACUUUAUGGAUUUGUCAUAAUUAGGUGUAGCUUUAUACAAAAUAUCAGUGUGUUUUAUACUUUUUCAUAUGGAUGUUUUAAGAGCUUAUACUAUUGGUAAGCCUAUGAUGUAUUCUCUACCAAAGUGUAAAAGAAUUUAUGAAAUAAGAUGUAGUGUAGUUUAAGACCAUACUAAAGAACCUGUCGCAUUUAUCGUCUGUGUAGAAAUGUCUAUGUAAUCAGGUAGUUGUCAGACUGUAUUGGAAGACAUUUUAUCACGUGUUAUCUGUCUAAUCAGAUGAAAGAACUCAGCAGCAAGAGACAAAGUGAUGGAAAGGAUAAUAUAUUUUGUAAUAUAUUAAUCAAUAUUGUUUGAAAUUCAUAAUUUUUAUACUGUAAAGUAUCUAUAGUGAAAACCACACUAAUAAUUUUACACUAUUUUGAAUAGAACCAAUAGUCUCGAAAUGUUUAUGCCUAAUUAUGCUCUCAACAAUCGAGGCUUCCUUUUAUUUUUUCUAUUAUGGUACACAUAAAGUAGGUGAUAACUUAUGAUUAUGAUAUAUAUGUUCGUAUAUUCGUUUCUCAUUAUGAUAUAUAUCAUAUUAUGAUAUAUUAUGAUAUAUAUCAUAAUGAGAAACGAAUAAAUAAGCUGUAUAAUGUAAUUUUUUUAUAAUGCACUUUUUGAACCCUUCCUCAAAGGGGAUAUUACUAAGUAUAACUUAUGUAGUCUUUAAAUAUAAGUAAACAUAUGCUUCCUUCGAGUAUGUUGUGCAUUGAGAUGCUACAAUUUUGUGUAUAUUGAGCCUACAGUUUUUAAGUGUUUUUUUUUAUUUGGCCUCAGUGCUGUUACCAAGUGAUUGUUUACUUUUUAAGUACUUUCUGUGUUAGAUACGUAAGGCUAUUUAUUGUCGCUAGCCCUAGUCGUACAUGUAUAACUACGCGUUUAUAGAUAUUUUGUCAUAAUAUUAUUUAUUGAUAAGUGCAAGCAGUUAUAUAAACAAUAAAAACUGCAAAUCUAAAAACGCGUAGUUUAUAUAUCUUUAUUCGAUUGUUGCUUUAUUUCUAUUUAUUUUUCUUUUACUGCAAUGCUUUUAAUUUCGAUAAGGUUUUUUUAAGUACAAAGUCAGGGAACAGGUUCUUCUAUAGUUCUAUUCUAUACUAUUAAUUUCACAUUUUUUAAUGCAGCUAUAUUAGUAUGAAUUACUGUAACAAUACAUAAAUAAUUAGGAUUUUAUUAAAAUUUAUACUCAAAUAGGAAAAUUGUGAAGUAGGAAUUGGUGUAAAAUUAACUGAAAAUUAAGAACAAUUAUAAAUAUUAAAAUAGUCGUUAAAAACUUUCCGUUCUGGUACUAAUUGGUUUUUCUGUAGUUAUGUACCUGCCUUAAAUAUGUAAUUAAAAUCACCAUACUGA